GAGGUGGUGGAACAGCUAGUGGGCAGCAGGCGCCCCCCCUGCACACGCCUUCACCCCAGGGGCUAGCCCCGCACUGCACGGGCUCACCAUGAUUGCCACCGGCGGCCUGCUGAGGAUUUCCGCCAGAAAACAGGAUCCCCUCCGCCCCCCGAGCCAGGUCCCGAAGCGCAAGCGGAAAGCCAAGAAGAGGCGCAAGAACGAUGUGGUGGUGGUGAAAGGCAAGCUGAAGCUCUGCUCCAUCUCCGGGCUCAUCGCCCUCUGCGGGAUCCUAGUGCUGCUGGUGGGCAUAGCCAUGGCGGUGGUGGGCUACUGGCCCAAGGCCAGCGGGGCCAAUCGGGAGGGGGGUAAGCAGUUGCCGCCCUCGGGCAGCGGCCACCGCGCCGCGACCACGGCCAACAGCAGCAGCGGGAGCAGAAACCGGUCCAGGAGCCACCCGGAGGCUCAGGGGGGCGUCAACUCCAGUUUGGGGGGCGCGCCCAGAAGCACGCCUCCGGCGCAGGCCACCGCCCCCUCCUCUUCCUCGGCCUCCUCCACGUCUGUGGGUUUCUUCUUCCGCGUCUUCUCAGGCUACCUGCACUCUGACAAGCUCAAGGUCUUCGGGCCCCUCAUCAUGGGCAUCGGCAUCUUCCUCUUCAUCUGCGCCAACGCGGUGCUUCACGAGAAUCGCGACAAGAAGACCAAGAUCAUCAACUUGCGGGACCUCUACUCCACCGUUAUCGACGUGCACAGCCUCCGCGCCAAAGACCUGGCGGCGGCCGCUGCCGCCGCCGCCGCCUCAUCCCCGGGCCCCGCCUCGGCGCCCCCGGGGGCCUCGCCGCUUAACGGCUUUCUCAGCUACGUGCAGUCGCGCGGCCUCGAGCUGAAGCCCGGCGGCGGCGGGGACGCCUUCGGGGCGGCGGCGGCGCUGGUCAGGGGCGCGUGGCCCCACCCGGCGACGCGGGGCGGGGGGGCAGGAGGCGCUGCGUCCCCUCCCGACCUGGCCUCGUCGCCGCGCUGCCCGCGCGAGCCCCCCAGCCUGGCCGAGGCCGUGUACAGCAUCUACCGCGAGCGCUCGGGUGUGGCAAGCCGUCGCCGGGCCGCCGCCGCUGCAGCCGCCGCCGUGGCCGCUGCCGCCGCCGCCGCCAGCAGCAGUAGCAGCCCCGCGCACUGCAGCCCCCCCGAAGGCUGGGGGCGCCCGAGCACCGCCAGCUCUCUCGUGGGCUCCUCGCUGAGCGCCUUCGCUCUGCAGCCCUCGCCAGGGGACCGCGACGGGGCGGGGGAGGGCGCGAGCUGCAGCUGGCAGAUGCCUCCUGGGGAGCGCGGCUCCAGGGAGAUCCCGCGCGGCAAGCUCGACCUGAGCCUGACCGACCUUCGCGGCGCCGGGCACGGCGCGCACUGGGAGCAGGGCGGGCAGAGGGAGCCCGAGGGCGCGGCAGCAGUGCGCACCGCCGGGGCCCCCGGCGGCCGCCUACCCAGGACCGGCAGGUACGCGGCCCCGCGGCGCCGAAGCACCAGCGGGCUCCCCGACUACCGGGCGCCGCCGUCGCCGGAGCCCCCGCCCUCCCCGCGCAGCGCGGACCUGGACACCAGCCUUUUGGCCAAAUCCGCCUCCCCCUCGCCUCCCUUAGGGCCGGCGGACUCGCUCCCCGCCAGGCGGAACUCGCUGAGCUCCCAGUCGGAUGACCCGUCCAGCAGCAAUAAGGGCUACACCCCACUGCGGGAGGCCGUUACCUCCUCGGAGUCGGUGGUGGACGCAGGAGCCAGUAAAAGCCAAGACUUUGUGGGCGCCACCUCCCCAGGUGUGAAACAAAGCCCCCCGGAGGAUCCCAGCCAAAAGCCUCCCACGGUAGAGCAACCUCAGCCAGUCCAGAGGCAGUUUACAAACAAGGAGAAACUCCUCAUGAUUUCCCGGGCUCGUGCCAUAGGAAUUGAAGACGGAGAGCUGGAAAGUACUGGCAUUUAGGGAAAGGGAGCGAGGGCUGGGAGCAAAGUCAAGAGGGAAAAAGAGAGAAUGAGGAACGCCCACAUGAAUCCGUGCAUUUAACAGUUCUCUCUUUCCUUUGUUGACUCUCUGAGGAAAUCAUACAAUACCCAAAGAGCUGCAGAAAGUUAUCCUUGAAUUGCAUUCACAAGAUUCCUGUAGAUAACUCCAAGCAAUUUUUAAAAACCAAGCAAACUAGUCUUUUAUGUCCGAUGGUGAUUGUAUGUUUCAUGAAAACCAAAUGUAUUAAAAGGUCAGCAAUCUAGUUCAUUAGAUAAAAUUCUCUUAAUUUUCUUAGGACCAGAAGAAUAUAUUUUUGACAGUAACUGUGCACUUUACUCCAACUUUUAUUUUUGAUCCCUAAUUCCCCAGCCCCUCUAUUCUGCUGAUGGCUUUGUGCAUAGCUGCUUGUGAAUGACAGGCUUUUCUCUCCUCCCUUCACGGAGCAUAGAGAGAUUUGUCUCAGUUCUCCUAGAACUGAUCUUACUAAAUGAAGUCAAAGCCAAAAGCGUGAGUACGUCAGGAAAGAACUCUUUCCUUGCCCCUUGCCCUACCCACCCUGCUCCCGAAGGCCUCUUUAUUUUUUAAAAGGGUAUUUGCAUUUUGCUACUAGGGUAUUUUGUGGAGACCGAAGGGGACCAGGAUCUAGAAGAACAGUUAAUAUUCCUAAGUUCACAAUAUCAAGUCCAUGAUGCUUUAUUGAGUAUUAUCUCACCUGUAUUUGAAAAAUAGCAUUAAUAUUAAAAAUAUUUUUAAUAAAAAAAGUUUCCAAACAGUUAAACAUAAUAUUUGCUUCAUUUUGCCUUGAAAAUAAUGCUGCUAAAAGCUCGUUAAA